UUCGUUGAUUUGGGACUCCUUUCACUGUUAAUUAUGUCUCUUCAGUCUGGUUUAUUUGCUUUCUUUUUGAACCUUCUAAAGAUUAAUCAGUUGUGACUUGUGAUGACUAUUCUCCGAUCAGUGAAACUAGUGGUUCUACCAUUUGCAAGAUGGAUAAAGGGACUAGAGUUCAAAUCGAUUAGCAUGUUAAGACCUUUCCAUCUGCUUUCUAAAGGAUGCUGUAAGUCAUCAAUUAACCACAUAAAAAUGGAGGAUUCUGAUGCAAGUAACUUGAGUUCAUCAACAAUGGAGAAGUUAGCCACUAAUGGUUACUUGGAAAUUGAGAAACAAUAUGGAAAUUUUGGGAUUGUGGGCACGAUUAUUAUGGCAAUAUUUAUACCUGUUUUGCUUUCCACUAUUUUAAUGGGGAAGAAAAAGGGGAAACAAAGAGGAGUUCCUGCCACUGUUGGUGGUGAGGCAGGUUAUGCAAUGCGCAAUGCACGGAUACCUGAAUUGAUUGAAGUUCCAUGGGCAGGAGCCACAACCAUGGCUGCUCUAUUUGAGCAGUCUUGUAGGAAGCAUUCACAAGCAAGAUUUCUUGGAACAAGAAAACUUAUUAGUAGGGACUAUGUUACUGCUAGUGAUGGCAGGAAAUUUGAGAAGCUGCAUUUGGGAGAUUAUGAAUGGCAAACUUACGGAGCUGUUUUUGAUCGAGUUUGCAACUUUGCAUCUGGGCUUGUUAAUUUAGGCCAUAAUGUGGAAACUCGUGCGGCCAUUUUUUCGGAAACUCGAGCGGAAUGGUUUAUUGCUUUUCAGGGAUGUUUCAGGCAGAAUAUUACAGUUGUCACUAUUUAUGCUUCCUUAGGUGAGGAUGCCCUGAUACACUCACUUAAUGAGACUGAAGUGACAACCCUGAUCUGCGAUUCCAAGCAGCUAAAAAAGCUGUUCACAAUAAGCUCAAGCCUAAAAACUCUUAAGAAUGUCAUCUACAUCGAAGAAGAUGAAACUCCAAAUGAUCCUAAUGCCUCUGAAAGUGUGAACAAUUGGAAUAUUUCAUCUUUCUCUGAAGUUGAGAAGCUUGGGAAAAGAAGUCCUCUUGAGCCAAGCUUACCUUCCAAAGAUGAUGUUGCUGUUAUCAUGUAUACAAGCGGCAGUACUGGUCUACCAAAGGGAGUCAUGAUGACUCAAGGCAACAUUGUAGCCACUGCUGCUGGAGUUAUGACAGUGAUCCCGAAACUGGGCAGAAAUGAUGUAUUCUUGGCAUAUUUGCCCCUAGCUCAUGUUUUUGAACUGGAAGCUGAGACAGUGAUGAUGGCUGCAGGAUGUGCAAUUGGCUACGGCUCAGCAUUGACUUUAACAGAUACUUCAAAUAAAAUUAAGAAAGGAACAAAGGGAGAUGCAUCUGCAUUAAAGCCCACAUUGAUGACAGCAGUUCCAGCUAUUUUAGAUCGUGUUCGAGAUGGAGUUCUUAAGAAGGUUGAGGAGAAAGGAGGCUUGGCAAAGCAUCUUUUCAGUAUUGCAUUUAAGCGCAGGCUAGAUGCUGUAGAAGGAAGCUGGUUUGGUGCUUGGGGACUGGAGAGAACGUUGUGGGACAAACUUGUCUUCAAGAAAAUACGUGCUAUACUUGGAGGACACAUCCGCUUUAUGCUUUGUGGAGGAGCUCCUUUAUCUGGUGAUUCACAACGCUUCAUCAACAUUUGCAUGGGGGCUCCCAUAGGUCAAGGAUAUGGCUUGACAGAAACAUGUGCUGGAGGUACUUUUACCGAGUGGGAUGACACAACUGUGGGCCGUGUUGGGCCACCUCUUCCUUGCUGUUACAUUAAGGUAUGCAUGUUAUCCUUGUCUAUGAGUAACUUUGAUUCAUAAUCAAAACCAUAUUUUCCUGCUUAAAUAAUAUCAUAUGCAUGAUAUAUUUAUUGGGAAUUCAGCCUACAUUAAGCUUAUCCUAGUGAAUAUCAACAGCUUAAGCUUUUAUGCUCACAGAAAUUCAAGCUAUGUU